GCAGUUCGCGCUCUCCAACUCGGCAGCCAUCCGGGCCGAGAUCCAACGCUUCGAAUCCGUGCAUCCCAAUAUCUACGCCAUCUACGACCUGAUCGAGCGCAUCGAGGACUUGGCGCUGCAGAACCAGAUCCGGGAGCACGUCAUCUCCAUCGAGGACUCCUUUGUGAACAGCCAGGAGUGGACCCUGAGCCGCUCGGUGCCGGAGCUUAAAGUGGGCAUUGUGGGGAACCUGUCUAGUGGGAAGUCGGCCCUGGUGCACCGCUAUCUGACAGGGACGUAUGUCCAGGAAGAGUCCCCUGAAGGGGGUCGGUUUAAGAAGGAGAUUGUGGUGGAUGGCCAGAGUUACCUGCUGCUGAUCCGAGAUGAAGGAGGCCCCCCUGAGCUCCAGUUUGCUGCCUGGGUGGAUGCGGUGGUGUUUGUGUUCAGCCUGGAGGAUGAAAUCAGCUUCCAGACCGUGUACAACUACUUCCUGCGGCUGUGCAGCUUCCGCAAUGCCAGCGAGGUGCCCAUGGUGUUGGUGGGCACGCAGGACGCCAUCAGUGCCGCAAACCCCCGGGUCAUCGACGACAGCAGGGCCCGCAAGCUGUCCACGGACUUGAAGCGCUGCACCUACUACGAGACGUGCUCUACCUACGGGCUCAAUGUGGAGCGCGUCUUCCAGGACGUGGCCCAGAAAGUCGUGGCCUUGCGGAAGAAGCAGCAGCUGGCCAUCGGGCCCUGCAAGUCACUGCCCAACUCCCCCAGCCACUCGGCAGUGUCCGCUGCCUCCAUCCCGGCCGUGCACAUCAACCAGGCCACGAAUGGCGGCAGCAGCGCCUUCAGCGACUACUCAUCCUCAGUCCCCUCCACCCCCAGCGUCAGCCAGCGGGAGCUGCGCAUCGAGACCGUGGCGGCCUCCUCCACCCCCACACCCGUCCGCAAGCAGUCCAAGCGGCGCUCCAACAUCUUCACGUCUCGAAAGGGUGCCGACUUGGACAGGGAGAAGAAAGCCGCCGACUGCAAGGUGGACAGCAUCGGGAGCGGUCGGGCCAUCCCCAUCAAACAGGGCAUCCUGCUGAAACGGAGUGGCAAGUCCCUGAACAAGGAGUGGAAGAAGAAGUACGUGACGCUCUGUGACAACGGACUGCUCACCUACCACCCCAGUCUGCACGAUUACAUGCAGAACAUCCACGGCAAGGAGAUCGACCUGCUGCGGACGACCGUGAAAGUGCCAGGGAAGCGCCUGCCCCGAGCCACGCCUGCCACAGCCCCAGGCACCAGCCCCCGGGCCAACGGGCUGGCCUUGGAGCGGAGUAACACGCAGCUGGGCGGGGGCACAGGUGCCCCCUACACGGCCAGCAGCCCGGCCUGGGCUGGCCCUCGCCCUGAGGGGCUGCACCAGCGCUCCUGCUCCGUUUCCAGCGCCGACCAGUGGAGUGAUGCCCUGCCCCCAGCCAGUGGCCCAGCUGAGGUGCUCAGUUCCAGCCCCAAGCUGGAGCCUCCCCCAUCUCCCCACUCCAACCGGAAGAAGCACCGGCGGAAAAAGAGCACCGGGACCCCCCGACCAGACGGCCCCAGCGGUGCUGCUGAAGAGGCGGAGGAGUCCUUCGAGUUUGUGCUGGUGUCCCUCACCGGGCAGACGUGGCACUUCGAGGCCUCGACAGCGGAGGAGCGGGAGCUGUGGGUGCAGAGCGUGCAGGCCCAGAUCCUUGCCAGCCUGCAGGGCUGCCGCAGCGCCAAGGACAAGACUCGCGUGGGGAACCACAACGCGGCCCUGGCCGUGCAGGCCGUUCGCACUGUUCGCGGCAACAGCUUCUGUAUUGACUGCGACGCCCCCAAUCCAGACUGGGCCAGCUUGAACCUGGGUGCCCUGAUGUGCAUUGAGUGCUCAGGGACCCAUCGACACCUGGGGGCUCACCUCUCCCGCGUCCGCUCCCUUGACCUCGAUGACUGGCCACCCGAGCUGCUGGCUGUCAUGACCGCCAUGGGCAAUGCCCUGGCCAACAGUGUCUGGGAGGGGGCCCUGGAUGGCUAUGCGAAGCCCGGGCCCGACGCCUGCCGAGAGGAGAAGGAGCGCUGGAUACGGGCCAAGUACGAACAGAAGCUCUUCCUGGCCCCGCUGCCGAGCUCGGACGUGCCGCUGGGACAGCAGCUGCUCCGGGCCGUGGUGGAGGACGACCUGCGGCUGCUGGUGAUGCUUCUGGCCCACGGGUCCAAGGAGGAGGUGAACGAGACCUACGGCGACGGGGAUGGGCGGACGGCUCUCCAUCUCUCCAGCGCCAUGGCCAACGUCGUCUUCACACAGCUGCUCAUCUGGUAUGGGGUGGACGUGAGGAGCCGGGACGCCCGGGGCCUGACUCCGCUGGCCUACGCCCGUCGGGCCGGUAGCCAGGAGUGCGCGGACAUCUUGAUCCAGCAUGGCUGCCCUGGGGAGGGCUGUGGCUUAGCACCUACCCCCAACAGAGAGCCUGCCAAUGGCGCCAACACCUCUGCUGAGCUGCACCGAAGUCCUAGCCUUCUAUAA